CUUAUGAAUAGCCUUUUCAUUAUACUUCCGAUUCCUUUCUUCCACAUUUAUACCAACAUAUAAAAACCAGACACUUUGACACGCUAUUCUUAUUGGCAACAAUAGAAAAUAAAAAUGCCUCUAGACAAGCUGUCCCUCGAGCUGCAUGAGUUAAAAAUCUUGGACUGUCCAAUCGAAGGAAUCAAGUUAAAUGGUUCCAAUUCAACUUUGGGUUCCAGCAUCCCAUUAGCGGAUUCCGGAGUAAAGAAACAAUCGAUGAAACAAAAGUUGGUGCUCCGGAAGCCUAGAAAUUUAAUCUAUGGAAGAUCUCGUGCCGAUGGUCUGGAUUGGGUUAAGAACAUCGAAGAGGAGAAGGAAUCUAACUGGGUAAAGAUAAAGGAUAGGAAGACGGAUUCUGGUAAUGCCUAUGACAUUAAGUCUCUGAUGAGGGAGUUCGAAAAUAUUUCUGGUUUCGGAAAACCUCAUGACAUGAAGGAAAAAGAUAGUCUAUUUCCCCCUCGGGUCUUAGGUUCAAAAACUGCCUAUGAUUUUAAGUCCCUGAUAUGCGAAUGUGAAAAACUGGAAGAGGGUUGUCUUUACGAAAGAUCAAAAGCUCAGUUCCAAAACCACGAUGAAGAUAAUGUCGAGGAACUGGCCAGCUACUUCGAGAAUUUGGCCAACAUACCCAAGAAACUGUCGCUAAUGGCCGAAAUGAUGUACAGCUGAUAUAUUAGAUACUGAUAAAUAAAAGAAUAGGUUCUGAUCAUA